GGUAUUAUUACCAAGGAGCCACAGCCUCACCUUUGCAGCACGAAGCCACUGCCCAGAACGACUUGGUACUGUCGUCUAAGCAAGCUGGACGACCAGGACAUACACGAGGCCACAUCGAUAGAGAGGACCGGGAGAGCGUUGAUUUAGGGAUUGUCUAUACGGAGCGGGAUAUUGAGAGCGUCGAAGCGCAUGGAUGCUGGAAUGUUUUCUGGAAUUGGUUGUGCUACAAAGCGUUCUGAUAUUGUUGGUCUCCCGCUUGCCUAUGCUCUUUGUAUGGCAUGCUUUAUCAUGUUGCCAUGUAAAUCGUGUUCUCCUUUGGCUCUUGCUACGCGCCGAUGAUCGUGGCGAUUAUCGUUUAUUUUCGUCCCCCAUCUACGCAAACUCUUGCACUUAUCACCUUGGACGAUUUGAAUGCAGUUCCUUCUGUUCACGCGAUCAACGACCAAUCUCACGAUCCUUUAGAUUUCCCUGUUACAUCCUAGGCCUAACCCCAACUCCUCUCCCUCGAUACGGGCCGAAACUCAGACGCAUUCGAGUGCCUGUGAGACUAUGAGAGGGUCUUCGCCUGCAAUCAUCACUUAUGUAUUUUCAGUUUCGACGCACGCCGACACCACCCACUUCUCUGUCACCACACCCACCACACCCUAUAUCGUCUAUUAAUCUGGUCGUG